AUGAACCGUCCAGGGGUGGUCCCUGCCUUCUUCAGGACCCCCACAGUGAUCCCACCCCCGCUGGACAUGAAGCAAUUCCUGCAGUUCCCAAUGGACACAGCUCCACCACAACACAGCAUGGGCCUCUUCCACAACUUCAACACCAACAGUUACUCAACAAUGGACCCAGUACAGAAGGCAGUGAUGAACCACACCUUCGGCCCCCCCAUGAUGAAGACCAAACGACCCAUCAUCUCCUGCAAUGUCUGCCAGAUCCGCUUCAACUCAGAAAGUCAGGCAGAGGCCCACUAUAAGGGGAACCGCCACGCUCGGAGGGUAAAAGGCAUUGAGACCUCCAAGACUCGCCCCCAGGAGGGUGACAAGCUGGCCACUCUCCCCACCGCCGACCCCUCUCCACCAGGCCCCUCACCAUCCAGCCCAGGCCCUAACCCUAGCAAACAGGAUGACGUCCAAUCCCGCCCACAUUCAAACGGCUCAGACAUGACACCCAGCCCCAUCCCCAUGUCGGUCCAAGACACCUCGCUGUGUCCAUCACUGCCCCCUUUGAGUACACCUAUGCCCACCACCUCCACCUCCAUCCCCUCCCCGGCCCUUUGUGCCCCCCAGGUGGACACCCCUAUGGCGGGCCCCCCUGACACCCUGACCCCGGCCCCCAGCCUCUUUUCAGGGGAGUCUGAGGAGGACAAGGCCAAGAAGCUGCUCUACUGCUCACUGUGCAAAGUGGCCGUCAACUCCCUCUCUCAGCUAGAGGCGCACAACAAAGGUACCAAACACAAAACCAUCCUGGAGGCAUGGAGUGGGCUGGGCCCCAUAAAAACGUACCCUCGGCUGGGCCCUAACCUGAGCCCAGACCAGGCAGGGGGGCUGCCCUCGGACCACAACACUCAGGAACGCACCUUCCACUGUGAGAUCUGCAACGUGAGAGUGAACUCUGAGCUGCAGCUCAAACAGCAUAUAUCCAGUCGAAGGCAUCGGGAUGGAGUUGCAGGGAAGCCCAAUCCCCUCCUUAGCCGGCAUAAGAAUCGCACAGACUUUGUGUCAUCCUUGACCUUCUCAAAGGAACUUCCAAAAACACUGGGCCAUGGACUGUUUCCUAACCCCCUGGCUGUUGCCGCGGCGAUGGCAGCCGCUGCCUCCUCCAAUCAGCUGGCUCAGCUGCGUGCCCCUGGUCCCAUUUCUCACACUCAGAACUACCAUCCCCACCACCACCUCUUACAGGGCACACUACACGGCACGCACCUCAGCCUCCUAAGGCCCGCCCCUGGGCCUAUGCGCACCACCCAUGGGCCAAUCCUCUUCUCCCCUUAUUGACGGUGAUGGGAUGGGGCACUAUCAGGAAGGAGCACACUGUGAA